CUUAGAGUUUUCUUCCUGCUCUACUAGUGGCUUUUUCUUUUUGUGAACUUUAUUAAAACAUUGGGCAGUGUUUUUUUUUUUUUUUUGAGUUAACACGCCCUGCAUUAGUUAUGAAUAUGACUAGAAUACUCCUUAUAUGACUUUGACAAUUCUACUUCUUUGAGUUAGCCUUUUUUUUUUUUAUAGAUAAUUUGAGUUAGCUUUUAAGAAUUAGGUUCAACUCAAUUUUUAUACGGUAUCAUAAUAUAUUCAAUCUUAAUGAUAGGCUACUUGUAAAUGUGAAGUUCUCCAAACUUUAUAUGUCUAGUACUGUGUGUGAAGGUGUAUUAAGAUGUCCUAAAUUAUUUAAGAAUAUAAUCAGAAUACUCCCUAUAGUAGGUGUAACUGUAAAGUUGCGUCAUGCAUGGUUAUAUCAGUCUCCCAUACCCAUCACAUAGCGAGGAGUCUAGAAUACUCUCUGUAAGAUGUUUGUUAUACUUUUCAGUGUUAUUACUACUAUAAAUAAUUGAAAAUAAUUUGGAAGUAGGUACAAGUAGGGGUUCCGGUAGAAUUCCUCACUUCUCAAUAGUCCUAUUUUUCUGACAACCAUAUUGAUUUCUUUGACUUUGUGAACCUUUGUUAAUCUACAUUUUCAUAUUGUUCCUCCUAAAGUGUGGCUCAAGUGUUUGGUAUUGUUGCACUGUCUUCAUUAAUAGUUACUGUGUUACUAACCAAACUUUUUAUAUAAUGAGUUGGCUUUGUAGGAAGGCUUCAACAGACCAUAUUCUUCUACCAACCUAAUGCAUACUCUCUCACACUCCCACUAGCAUAUUCUCUCACACUCCCACUAGCAUAAACACACACACACACACACACACACACUCACACAAAAUUCACAAUGAGCUGUCUUCUUCAACCUAAUGCUAGUGAUUGUGAACCAAACAAUAGCUCUAAAAUUCUGCCACCCCUUUCAGAAUUUGAGACCUCAUUUGAGGUAGAAAAGAUCAAAUCAGUAGAAACUGGUAAAGAUGGCGAGGAAGAUCAAGAGGAGGGUGUUUUCUUGACGUGGGAGGAUUUGUGGGUGACAGUUUCAAAUGGAAAAAAUGGAAGGAAGCCAAUACUUCAGGGUCUAAAAGGCUAUGCCAAACCAGGGAAACUAUUGGCAAUAAUGGGUCCUUCUGGUUGUGGCAAGUCAACACUUCUUGAUGCUUUAGCAGGAAGAUUAGGUUCAAAGACAAAGCAAACAGGGAAGAUCUUAAUCAAUGGAAGGAAACAAGCACUAGCUUAUGGAGCAUCUGCAUAUGUAACAGAAGAUGAUACUAUUUUGACAACUCUAACAGUCAAAGAAGCUGUAUACUACUCAGCUUACCUUCAAUUGCCAGAUUCCAUGUCCAAGUCAGAAAAACAGGAGAGAGCUGAUUUCACAAUAAGAGAAAUGGGUCUGCAUGAUGCCAUUAACACCAGAAUUGGAGGGUGGGGUUCUAAAGGCGCUAGUGGCGGGCAAAAGAGGAGAGUUAGCAUUUGCAUUGAGAUCUUAACACAUCCAAGGCUUCUCUUCCUUGAUGAACCAACUAGUGGACUUGAUAGCGCAGCUUCUUAUCAUGUUAUGAGUAGAAUAUCCAACUUGAACAAAAAGGAUGGCAUUCAAAGGACUAUUAUUGCAUCAAUCCAUCAGCCAAGUAAUGAAAUUUUUCAACUUUUCCACAACCUUUGCCUUCUGUCUUCUGGGAAAACAGUUUACUUUGGACCUACUUCUGCUGCAAAUAAGUUUUUCUCAUCAAAUGGUUUUCCCUGCCCAAGUCUUCAUAGUCCUUCAGAUCACUUCGUAAAAACCAUUAACAAGGAUUUUGAACAGUUUUCAGCUGGCUCUAUCAACCGAUUCACCCUUCAUUUGCAGGACCCUGAGAAAGGAUUAGCCGGAGGGCUAAGUACAGAAGAAGCAAUUCAUGUUCUUGCUAAAUCAUAUGAUUCAUCUAAGAUUUGUCACCAAGUUCAAAAGGAAAUAGCCCAAACAAAGAAAAGGGACUCGGACACAAUGGAUGAGAAAUGCCAUGCUGACUUUUUCACCCAAUGUCUCAUUCUUACAAGAAGAUCUUUCGUGAACAUGUAUCGCGAAGUAGGUUAUUACUGGUUACGCCUACUUAUCUAUGGUGCCUUGGCUUUAAGUCUUGGUACCAUGUUCUUUGACAUUGGUUCAAGCAGUGAAUCAAUUCAGGCCAGAGGUUCAUUGCUUGUGUUUGUUGUUACAUUCCUGACCUUCAUAACUGUUGGAGGGUUCCCUUCUUUUGUGGAGGAAAUGAAGGUGUUUGAAAGAGAAAGACUCAAUGGGCAUUAUGGUGUCACUGCAUUUACCAUCGGCAACACAUUAUCCUCUGUUCCAUUUUUGCUGUUGAUGUCAUUGAUCCCAGGAGCACUGGUUUAUUACCUAGUUGGACUUCACCAAGGACACGAACAUUUUGUGUACUUUAUAUUUAUGCUUUUCACUUCAGUCUUCUUGGUCGAGGGUCUCAUGAUGAUUGUUGCGAGCAUGGUUCCCAAUUUCUUGAUGGGUAUAAUCGUUGGUUCUGGAAUUCUGGGCAUAAUGAUGUUAGAUGGUGGAUUCUAUAGGCUUCCAAGUGACAUUCCUAAGCCCUUUUGGAGAUACCCUUUGCACUACAUUUCCUUCCACAAGUAUGCCUACCAAGGAUUGUUCAAGAAUGAGUUUCAAGGUCUAACAUUCCCUAGCAAUCAAGUUGGAGCACACAUGACAAUUCAUGGUGAACAUAUUCUGAGACACAUAUGGCAAAUGGAAGUGAAUUAUUCAAAGUGGGUGGAUGUUGGUAUCUUGGUAGGAAUGGCAGUACUAUAUCGAAUUCUAUUUUUGGUUAUCAUCAAGAGCUUUGAGAAGGUGAAGCCUAUUUCCUCAGCAUUAAAUUGUCCCCAAACAAACUUUGGGUUAACCAAAGUGACAAGGAGCAGUGAGAUUGAUUAGCUUGUAAUCCAAGGCAGAGUAAUCAUAUAUGGUUGAGAUAUCCCAUUAAGAGCUGCAGAAUUGUGGUGUGGCAAUAUGUUAUGUACUAGGCAUAUCAAUUUUACCAAGGAAUCUGAAGUUUACAAGAUGGUGGAAUUUUAUGAAUUAAGCUUGAUUAUAUACAUGAGAUUUGUAAAUAUUUAUUUGUGAUCCCUGUGCAUGUUGAAGAAUAUUAUAAAGUUUGUUGUGAGAUAAACGUUGAGCAAUAAUUGCCAUUGUAUGAUUCACAAAACUAUCUAACAUUAGGAAAGGCAGAAGCAUUCUUUUUCUGUGUACCAGUCCAGUUUUUGGGACUUUUUGUGUAUGUUUGUGAUGUGUAUUUCUUGAAAUUGUAAGUUUUUUUUUUAAUAAUAAUAUGCAUGUUCCUUUUAUCAA